AUGAGCUCAAGCACACUGUCUGCUGUGAUAGAGAAGCUGAUUCACAGCCUAUGUCUGAAUGACUUUCCCUGUGGAAAUGGAUUCAAUCUGCAGAGAAACACCAAAGGGAAUGCGGAGCGAGCAGAGAUGGAGUCCACGGAUGCUCUUCUGGAUCUGCUGAGCUGCCCUCAUUCUCCAUGGCGCCAUGAUGUAAUGUGGAGCCCGCAAGCUUUGCCUCUCAGACAGCUGGCUGUGCUCACACCUGAACGCCUCCACGCCCCCUUCAUUUACAACUACUUCACUUCACUUCGCAUUGUUGACAGAGACGUAACAGCCAUUGACGGUGGCCUGUUGAAGUUCUCAAAGCUGGAGGAGCUGGUGCUGAGUGCUAACAAAAUCUCAGAAGUACCUACAGCAAACCUUCCCGGCACUUUAAAGAUUUUGGAGCUACGUGCAAACCGGCUGUCGUCUUUAGACAGCCUCGCCAGCGGUGCUCCUCCUCCCCACCUGCAGUACCUCGGCCUCGGCUCAAACACUCUGGGUUCCCAUAAUGAUGUCACUCAUCUUACUGGAAGACACUGGCCACAGCUGGUGUGUCUGGACCUCAGCGACUGCGGGUUUCAGGACCAGCCAGCUCUGCUAAAUAGCUUGAGCACCCUGCCUUGCCUCAGGACGCUGCUGCUGGAGGGAAAUCCUUUUGCGCUUGCAUCUUCAUACCCGGGACUGACUGUGGACAGCCUCCCGCAGCUUUCCUGUCUGGACACCUCAUGGAUUUCCCCGGAGGAGAGGAUUCGCUUUAGGGGCUUGGCCAAGAUGAGUGGUGAGUUUGUGAGCACAGCGUCACCCACAGUGAGCGUGGGCAGGAUGACGGGAAUUCCAGAUCCUCGGAUGAUUGUGGAUGACAAAGCUCCCGAUUUCCCUGUGGUCAGCUACCGCUAUUUUAUCACCUACGAGUUCCUGAGGCAUCAGACACCUGCUCACUCGGUGACGUAUCCUUCCCACACAUUUGAGGUUUUUAGCAUAUCUACAACAGUGUUAAGGCACAGCACGUCCAAGCUGUCGUGGUCAGAGAGCAUGGACUUCGGUGACACGCAAACCCACACUGUGAGCGCUCUGGGAGAUUUAAAGAAAUUCCUCAAUCGGGGACUGCGUUUAUGCUUAGAGGAAGAAAAGGUCCUGUCGUGGCCUGCAGCUUCUGAAGAAAAGAAAGGCAGGAGGGAGAAAGACGUGAGUGUAUCAUGUAAAUCUGAUUUCACCAAGUCUAAAGACAAAAAUAAAAAAUCUGUACCUGAGCUGGUCCAAGAUGCCCCGAUCAGACGAAUCCUUGGCUCCGUGCACAUCCCCCUGCAAAGCCUGGUCAGAGGAGGCCAGCAGGUUAAAGUCCUCUGUGACUUUGGCGUGCUGCACACAGACUCUGAGGUGGAAGCAACACAAACACAUCAAAAGGAUUUGGGAAGGAAAAACAAAGAGGACAAGAAGAAGGAGGACAAGGAAACAAAAGGGAGACAGCACAAUGCAGCAUCGUCAAAAGAUAAAGAGAAGAAGGCGUUUGAGGUGCACGACUCAAUAACCAGCCAACAGGAACCAGUGAUUGUGGAGCUGAUUGUGGAGCUGAAGAAAUGGCAGACUGCAUCUGAAGCUCACCACUUCCUCCUGCCACAAACCUCCUAA